AGCGGAAGUGCGCGGCGGCCACGGGCGGCGGCGGGUGUCCUGGGCCGCGCGGCGCGCUGCGGUGGGAGUGUCUCCGGCCGAUCUGCAGGGAGGAUGCCUGAUGAGACCUCAAAUCCUGGUGCUGGUGUCAUGGAGUGGGGAUUCCACCAUGCAAACCCAGUCUGGGCUCCCCGGUGGGGCCAGAGGAAGAGCUGAGGGCUCCAUGGGUGUGGACUGGGAAUCUCAAAUCCAAAGUGUCGACCCCUGUGCAGGAUAUUUUGGAGGAAAAUUCAUCCCAUGAUAUGCAAAUGGUGGAGAAUGUCCUCCAAUAGCUGCUUGGGAAAGGGCGUGUUGCUUUGGAGACCCUGAGGUCUGAAAAUACCUCACUGGAGCUGCUGGAUUGCAGGGGCCUCAUCUGACAGGAUCGUUGCAGUAACCCCAUGCAGAGCACUCUGUGCAUCAUCACAGAGCCCUCAAUUAAUGCUUGUUCAGUGAAGGCACGAACACAGGGGCCAGGGCUGGACCUGAGGAUGCAGAUCAGGCCCACAAUUGGAGACAGGGGGACACCUUCGAUUCCAGAGGACCAUCCGGCUCUCUGGGUGUCACCUCGGUCUUCUGGAUAUACAGGGCUGAAGGUGGCCGUGCAGAUUCAGAGGGCGGCCAUGCCAGUUCCCGCACUGGGUGUUCCUGAGCUGGGGACGGCUGGGGGUUCUGCUCUGCUUGCCCCGGACCCUGCCUGGCUCCAGCAGGAGGGCACAGAGGAUGAAGCUGUGGCUCCGGGGGUACUGAUCACCUGUCUGCGGGAACCAGUCACCUUUGCGGAUGUGGCUGUGUUGUUCACCCCAGAAGAAUGGAUGUUUCUAGACUCUGCCCAGAGAAGCCUGUACAGAGAUGUGAUGCUGGAGAACUAUAGAAACCUGGCCUCCGUGGGAGAUCAGCUAGGCAAACCCAGUACGUUUUCCCAUUUGGAGCCAGGAGAAGAGCUGUGGCCCCCUGAGAGAAGAAGCUUCCCAGGAACCUGUCCAGAACCUCAGCAUCAACCCCAAGAUCCAAUUUCUAACCAAGAUAUUUUUGCAGAGAUUCCAUCCAUUGGCAUGAAAAGGGAGCAACCCCAGACUGGAGAUAAACUCUAUAAAUACAGUGAACUUGGGGAACCCUUUCACGGCAUUGAACCACUUUUUCAGUACCAGAGAAUUCAUGCUGGAGGCGACCCCUAUGAAUGCCAUGAGGGUGGAAAAUCCUUCUUCCAGCCCGCUCACCUGAUUGUACCUGAUAAGAUCCGUCAUGGGGACAAAACCUAUGCAUGUAACAAAUGUGAGAAAUCCUUCAGAUACAGCUCCGACCUGAUCAGGCACCAGAAGACUCAUACCACAGAGAAGUGCUUUGAAUGUCUGGAGUGUCGGCAAGCCUUCAAGUACUCCUCGAAUCUGCGGCGCCACCUGAGGACUCACACUGGGGAGAAGCCCUUCGAAUGUGCUCAGUGUGGGAAAACCUUCACAAGGAACUUUAACCUGAUUCUGCACCAGCGAAACCACACGGGCGAGAAGCCCUAUGAGUGUAAGGACUGUGGGAAAGCGUUUAAUCAGCCGACCUCUCUGAGGAGCCACCUGAGGACUCACACCGGGGAGAAGCCCUUUGGAUGCAGUCAGUGUGGGAAAGCCUUCAGGGAGCACUCGUCGCUGAAGACGCACCUGCGCACUCACACCAGGGAGAAGCCGUAUGCGUGUAACCAGUGUGGGAAGCCCUUCCGGACGAGCACUCAUCUCAACGUCCACAAGAGGAUACACACCGGGGAGAAACUGUAUGAGUGCGCUACUUGUGGGCAGGUCUUGAGUCGCCUCUCAACACUCAAGAGUCACAUGCGAACUCACACUGGAGAGAAGCCCUAUGUGUGUCAGGAAUGUGGACGAGCUUUCAGUGAACCUUCAUCCCUCAGGAAACACGCGAGGACCCACACCGGCAAGAAGCCCUAUGCCUGUCAGGAAUGCGGGCGAGCCUUUGGUCAGUCUUCACACCUUAUCGUGCACGUGAGAACUCACACUGCGGGGAAACCCUAUGAAUGCAAUCAGUGUGAGAAGGCCUUCAGGCACAGCUCUUCACUUACUGUGCAUAAAAGGAUUCAUGCCGGGAGAGAGAACGUUAGGAACGGUGGCCUGCCUUUAUCAGUGUCCCAUCCGUGUGGGAGGCCCCUUGCUGACUGACUUCCAAGUUUUAAAAGUAUACACGUUCUGGGCUGUAAUCAUCUCUCGUAGUACUGGUUUAGCUACGUCACAUGUUUUGAUGUAUAAUAUUUUCAUUUUGGUUAAAAUCUAAAUAUUGUCUUAGUUUCUAUUAUCACUUACUCUUUGGCCUGUGAGUUAUUUGUAAUUAGAUUUUAAAAUAACAGGACAUGGGUUUAUUUUUAUAGAGGUAUAAUUGCUUAUAGUGAAAUGCAUAAAUCUUAAGUGUACAGUUGGAGAACUCUGACAGGUGCGUACACAUAUAUAUGUAACCAACACGCCAUUUAAGAUAGAGAACAUUUCUAUCCUUCUGGAGAGUUCCUGCGUGUGUAUGGGUGUUUUUUUACUUUAUAACUUUCUGCUGUUGGUUCUAAUUUAAUUACAUUGUGAGCAG